AUGCAAAGAGGGCAGUGGAGCCAGGCGGAAGAUUUGAUCUGGGGGAGCCUGGUGGCGGCAACCCGCGGCGUCGCGUUGUGGUACGGCGAGGACACCGGCGACGACACCAAGCUACGCGAGUUUUUGAGGCGCGUCGGAGAAGCGGAACAAGACCGGUACAUCCGAGACGCAUUCGACCACCUGUCGGCCAUGGCCGACACCGCGGAGCGCGUGCGCGAAAGACGAACCCGCGUCGAUUAUUUGAUCCUGGCGAUGGACGACCUUGACGAGGGAAUUGACCGAUUGGUAGCGCGGAUACCCGGCGGCGAUGAACCCCUCCCGUCCGCCGACCCCGAUGACGACGUAGCGGACUUUGGUGGGUGA